UGUAAACGCAGCGUUAGCAACAGUGUGUGCUAAUAUAAUCGCGGAUACAUUUAUUAACAACAACAACAACAACAUUUUUUUCUUAAUUUAUUCCGUGGAUGUUCGGAUAAAGUGAUGGAAACGGUGACUGGUGAAGACGUGACGUUCUCCAAGCUAUCUAAGAUAGAACUUCGCAAACUGAAAUUGGCUGAAUACUUGGCAGCAAAAGGAAGACUGAAAGUACCCAAUCCAAAACCUUAUCUGAAGGGGAAGCCUGUUACAAAUAAGCCUGCUGAAAAUAAUCAGAAGAUUAAAAUUACUGGUGAUGAAAAGGAGAAUUGUGGCAUCAGUGCUGUAAAUGCAAAAGGAGUGACGAGAGUGAAGACACUGGCUGAUGUUGAUAAAAACACGUCUUUAAAAAAAGGCCUGAACAUCCAUUCAUUAGCCAAAGCUCCGGCGCAGUUUUCCAGUAAACCCUGUAAUACUCACCAGGCAGGCUUUCAUGCUUUGAGGACAAAAAACAAUGGAACGGCUUCUUUUCAAAAUCCCAGGCAACUGCUCAAAGCUGAGAAAACUUGCACAACAAGGACUCAUCCACAAAGCCUUCAAAAUGCCCAAAAUAAAGCUCAGCCAGCUUCCCAUGUUGCAAAUAAGUCUCAGAAAUCAAGUCUAGUUUCAGUCUGUGGUUCUUCACACUCUGUAUAUAUAAAAUCUUCCGUUAAAUGCGCUGAUCAAGCAUAUGAUUCAAAGAUGGAACAAAAGUCAGCAAGGCUUUUGGGUAAGAAAUUAACAGAAACGACCAUCAAGACAACCACAACUGCCACUCUGAAGAGUCGGGGGCUGCUCAACACAACUGGAACAAAAAUUCAGACAAACAAUAUUUCUAAAAAACAAACUCUGCAACCCAGAUGCCAAAGUGGUGUACCAAAGUAUGGCACCCAUAGCAGAAAUCCUGCACUCAUUACCUGGAAAUCAAAUUCAGCAACAAACAGAUCAGGCAUAAACCAGAAGAAGGAUGUUUCGUGUAUUAUCACGAAAGCCACAAAGAUUCAAUCACAUAACCCUGUCACAAACAGAGAAACAAGAACUAGUGUAUCUAAUACCCAGGCAAAACCAGUACAACAACCUAGAAGUCAGAAUGUUGUGCCAGUCAGUUCUCAGCGCAUUAAUCAGAAAUCAAAUUCGGCCACAAACAGAUCAGACAUCAAUCAAAGAAAGGGUAUUUCGUGUAUUACCACGAAAGUUGACGGCAAAAAAGCAAGUGUGUCUUCUAAACCUGUAAACCUCAAAGGAUCAGCAAACAUAAAAACUCAACAGCAUGCUACUCUUAAUGCAAAUAAUGCCACUGCUUCUACCAAACUACCCGGUCGAAACACCAGGAGUUGUGUACUUACACAAACUACAUCUGAACUCAAAGAGCUCCAGCAGCCUGUUAUGAUAUCCAACCAGAUCAAGCCUGCAGUCCAGUUUCAGACCCCUAAAUCCAGUAUCUGUCCCAGUAAUCAGGGUGUCCGAACAGCCCCGGCAGAUGGAAAGAAAAGGCUUACCGAAGCUCAGGAGGAAAGACUGCGUAAGCUCCAGGAGUGGCGUGAGUCGAGGGGCAUUACAUAUAAACGUCCCCCCAUGCCCGUCCGACUGGUGAGGAGAAAGACAGUCUCAACAAUUCCUCAGCCAUACUGGACCUCAAUGGAGAAUGAAGACGAAGUUCAAGACAUUGUCUUUGCUGUUGAGCGAUCGUUAGAUGACUGCAUUCAGUUAUUACAACAGGGUUUCCCAGUAGAGCAGGUCCGAGAUGUGAUGUCUCGUGUGCCGAUGGCGCAGAAGUUUGCUAAAUACUGGAUCUGCCAGGCAAGACUAAUGGAAAGAGAAGGAAAUCUAGAAGUCUUGUCUUUGUUUGAGGAGGCCAUUCGUGUUGUGCGGGAGCCUGUGGACGAGCUUCGCGCUGUGAUAUUUGAGAUCCUUAAAAAGAAACAGAGUCAGGGUCAGUCUCCUGUUUCAAAAGAGUCUGAAGAGGCAGAGACCACAGUGGAUGAUGAACACGAAGACGGUGACCUCAUGUGUACCCCGAAACCUGUUGGUGCCCUCAUAUGUGGAGUGAGGGGAGACUCGUCUGUUGUCAAAUAUAAAAUUACAGCCACUCCAGGGGGGAAAAGGAGUCAGCAGGGAGCAGAACCAGGUCAAGUAGAUGGUCACGAAAUCCGCUUCUUCACCCCAGUGCGCCGUUCAGUGCGUAUUGAGAAAACCGCUCGGCGUUACCCAACAGCCUUGCAGGAGCACGACCCCUGCGUGACCUCUAUGUGUGACCUUGCAGGUGAGAGUAAGGAAGAGGUCCAUGGUGACCCACAACCCCAAAACUCUCCAUUGUAUGUGUACCGGGAGAAUGAAGCACUGAGAGACUGUGUCCAGGUUAAACUGGUUUAUCCAGAGGAGGUUGAAUCAUGAUAAUAACCGUUAUCAUAUUUUAAUCUCGAUUUCCCAACAGGAAGCAAUCAAUCGUUUGUUAUUGUUUUUAAUUAGAUUGUACUACACGUGUUUUGCACUAUGAUGACAUUCAGCCAAGUUUAUAUAUCGCUUGAUACGUUUUAGCUUGAAGUUCAGACUUUCUCUACACUGGUUAAAUGCUUCCUAACUGGUUGAUAGCUACAAUGAUAUGCUAUGAUAUAUCCAAGUAUUAAAAGGUUAGUUGAAACCAAAAUUAGACUGUGAUUGUGGUUUACUCAAACUCA